AUGAGAAUCCAACAAAUCAAAUUCUAGUGCCUAGAAAAACCAGCCUCCAAGCUCCCACCAAUACAGCUGUAACGUAUAUAAAUCAAACUUCAAUUCUUUAUAUCACCCCAAAAUACCACUUUUCUCAUAGCACAAAUUAAUUUAAGCAAUCUCUUUUGAUUUCAAACAAAUUAUAUAUAUAUUUUUACUUUAAAAAGGAGGAAACUUUGGUGGCUUCAUGGGUUUUUGAUGACAGAAAAAAACAGGUCUAUUUUUAGAGAUUUUAAGGCAUUUUGGUUUCUGGGUUUAUGAAAAUUCAUUGAUUUCUUUACAUUUUUGGUUGGAAGAUUGAAUCUUUCUGAGUACAAGGUGAAAAGGGUUUGUGGGAUUUUGAAGAAUGGGUCAUAGUUCAAAGAAGAAGAAGAAAGGAGGAGGAGGGAGUGGAAGGAGAAGCAAAGGAAGGUCUCAAUCAAAAGAUCAUUCCUUUAAUGCAUUAGAUGAUAAUGAGCUUCUUGCUGAAGAGAUUACUGCCUUGAAUGCAAUAUUUCAAGAAGAUUGCCAGAUCAUUUCAGACUCGCCUCCACAAAUCACCAUAAAGCUCAGGCCUUACUCAAAAGAUAUGGGCUAUGAGGAUCUAGAUGUUUCAGCUCUGCUUUCAGUCAGGUGCUUGCCUGGAUACCCAGACAAGUGUCCAAGGUUGCAGAUUACUCCUGAAAAAGGUUUGACAAAAUGUGAUGCAGAUAAUCUUCUCUCUCUCCUAAAUGACCAGGCAAAUUCUAAUGCCCGAGAAGGACGAGUAAUGAUUUUCAAUCUGGUGGAGGCUGCUCAAGAGUUCCUCACAGAAAUAGCCCCAUCGGUUCCAGCACCUGAACCUGUUUUGUGCUCAUCCAUCAAUAGCAGCAUUCAGUUGUUUCAGAAGGACAUUGCAGUUUCUAGUAACAAGAGUGGCUCAUCCAGGGGACCUUUUGUUUAUGGUUUCAUAGACCUCUUCAGUGGCUGUGGAGAGUCAUGGCAUUGGGGUCUUGCUGUGGAUGAAUUAAAAUCCCACGUGUUAGACGAUUCAGAAGUUGGAUAUGAGGUACAGGAUAAGAAACUUGAUAAUAUUACAAAGCCAUUGACAGUCCAAGAGGCAAAGCAAGGUCUGUUGGUUUCCCCUAUUGCCAAGUUGGAUACCCUUGAAGAAGAAAGUGAAUAUGAAAAUAAGGGCCUAUCUACUUCUAAUUCAAGUAGAUCUCUAGUGGAGGAAUUGGCAGGAAUUGACAUGAAAGGGGAGAAGCAGGGUAUUUUUCUCGAGGAGCAUGGCUAUGGGUUAGAAGACGAUGAUGACCAGGACGAUGGUAACAAUAGCAAUGAUGAUGAAGAUUUUGAAAGUGAGCCUUGGGAAUCACUGUCAUCGAUUUCCUUAGGGUUUAAUCAAGCAUCUCAAACUGUUGAAAAGGAUCUUAUAAUGGUUCAUCUUCUUCGUCUUGCUUGUGCCUCAAAAGGAGAAUUGGUUGAUUCUCUGCCUCAAAUAACCACUGAACUCUGCAACUUAGGUAUAAUUCCUGAGUCAGUACGGGAAUUAGCUUCUAAACCAUCCUCAACGUUUAACAAGACAUUUGAUCAUGUGUUCCAUCAACAUACGGUCUCAUCUAGAGUAUCUCAAUUUUGGAAACCUACUUCUGAUUUAGGAGGGGCUAGUGCAUCUCUCCCAAGCUCUCGAUAUCUGAAUGACUUUGAAGAGCUGCAACCCCUUGGUCAUGGUGGUUUUGGCCAUGUUGUAUUGUGCAAAAAUAAGCUUGAUGGAAGGCAGUAUGCAGUGAAGAAAAUUCGCCUCAAGGACAAAACCCUGCCUGUUAAUGACCGAAUCUUGAGGGAAGUAGCCACCCUUUCACGUUUGCAGCAUCAGCAUGUUGUCCGAUAUUAUCAGGCAUGGUUUGAAACAGGAGUUGUUGGUAUUUUUGGUGACUCCACUUGGGGUUCUGCUACUGCAGCAAGCUCCACAUUCAGCCACAAGGGUGCAAGCUAUGCUGGUGUUGGGCAAGAGAAUAAGCUUGAAUCAACGUAUCUGUACAUUCAAAUGGAAUUUUGCCCCAGGACUCUCCGCCAGGUUUUUGAAUCAUAUAAUCAUUUUGACAAAGACUUAGCAUGGCAUCUAUGUCGGCAAAUUGUGGAAGGCUUGGCACACAUACAUGCACAAGGAAUCAUUCAUCGAGACUUGACCCCUAAUAACAUAUUUUUUGAUGCUCGGAAUGAUAUUAAAAUUGGAGAUUUUGGUCUCGCCAAGUUCUUGGAAUUGGAGCAGCUGGAUCAUGAUGCAGCUUUGCCUACAGAUACAGCUGGAGUUUCAAUGGACGGCACUGGUCAAGUUGGAACCUACUUUUAUACUGCUCCUGAAAUUGAGCAAGGAUGGCCAAAGAUUGAUGAAAAGGCUGACAUGUACAGCUUAGGAAUUGUGUUUUUUGAGGUUUGGCACCCUUUUGGGACAGCCAUGGAGAGACAUGUUAUUCUAUCUGAUCUGAAACAAAAGGGAGAGCUUCCUCCCUCAUGGGUUGCUCAAUUUCCAGAGCAAGCAUCCUUGUUGCGGCGCUUAAUGUCUCCAAGUCCAUCAGAUCGUCCAUCUGCCACAGAUCUUCUAAAGCACGCAUUUCCUCCAAGAAUGGAAUCCGAGUUGUUAGAUAAUAUGCUAAGAACAAUGCAAACUUCUGAGGACAGAAGUGUGUAUGAUAAAGUUGUGAAUGCUAUCUUUGAUGAAGAGAUGUUACGCAUGAAAAACCAACAUCAACGUGCUGGUAGAUUGAGGAUUGCCAGAGAUGAUACUUCCUGUAUCCAGCUUGAAGAUUUAGACACUGAGCUCCGUGAUUGUGUUAUUGAAAUCGUUAGAGAAGUGUUCAAACUACAUUGUGCAAAGCAUCUGGAAAUAAUACCCGUGCGCUUAUUGGAUGAUUCCCCACAAUUUAACAGGAACACUGUAAAACUUUUGACCCAUGGGGGAGAGUUGCUCGAACUUUGUCAUGAGCUGCGUCUGCCUUUUGUUAGAUGGCUUAUUGCAAACCAGAAAUCAUCUUUCAAACGUUAUGAAAUAUCAUCUGUUUUUAGACGAGCAAUUGGUCAUUCACCACCAAAUCGCUAUCUCCAGGGAGAUUUUGACAUUAUUGGAGGUGCAUCAGCUCUGACAGAGGCCGAGGCUAUUAAGGUGACAAUGGACAUUGUAACUCGCUUCUUUUUCCCAGAUUCUUGUGAUAUUCAUCUAAAUCAUGGGGACCUACUGGAUGCUAUCUGGUCUUGGGUAGGAAUCAAGCCAGAGCAUAGACAGAAAGUAGCAGAGCUUCUUUCUCUGAUGGGUUCUUUGCGCCCCCAAUCCUCUGAACGGAAGUUGAAAUGGGCAGUUAUUAGGCGUCAGCUUUUGCAGGAAUUAAAUUUAGCAGAAGCUGUUGUGAAUAGGUUGCAGACUGUUGGUUUGAGGUUUUGUGGAGCAGCAGACCAGGCCCUUCCUCGGUUAAGGGGAGCUCUGCCAGCUGAUAAUCGUAUCCGGAAGGCACUUGAUGAGCUAUCAGACCUCUUUAUCCAUUUGAGGGUUUGGAAGAUAGAGAACCAUGUGUACAUAAAUGCUCUGAUGCCACCAACUGAAAAUUAUCAUAGAGAUUUGUUUUUUCAGAUAUAUUUAACUAAGGAGAACAAUCCUGGAUCAGUUAAUGAAGGCGCAUUGCUUGCUGUUGGUGGUCGGUAUGACUAUUUGCUGCAUCAAAUGUGGGAUAAUGAAUAUAGAGCAAGUCCUCCUGGUGCUGUUGGCACCAGCCUUGCAUUAGAGACAAUUAUUCAGUAUUCUCCUGGAGAGUUCAAGCCUGUUAGAAAUGAAGCUGCCACUGCUGUUCUUGUUUGUUCAAGAGGAGGAGGAGGUUUAUUGGUUGAGCGCAUGGAAUUAGUUUCUGAAUUAUGGGAAGAGAAUAUUAAGGCUGAGUUUGUCCCACAACCUGAUCCAAGCCUUACAGAGCAGUAUGAAUAUGCAAGUGAGCAUGAUAUAAGAUGCCUUGUCAUCAUAACAGAUGCAGGGGUAUCACGAACAGAUGUUGUCAAGGUUCGUCAUAUCGAACUUAAGAAGGAGAAGGAGGUUGCAAGAGAAAAGCUUGUCAGGUUUCUGUUGGAUGCAAUGGCAACACUGUUUAGAAACCCCUCAGUUUGGAAUUAGGCGCUCAUCAAAGGCAAUUUUUAUCUAGUUUUUGUUAGCUGUUUUCUGAUCCAUCACAACUUUCUAAGAAUCGAGAAAGAUUCAAGAUGCUGGAGAUGAACUUCCAUAUAUCCCAAGAGAAAGAUCAUGAAGUUUAUCUUACACAACACAACAGAAUUUACAGUUAGUACAUUACAGACAAAUUUUUCUUCUUCAACAAUCUGCUCAGGAGAAAGUUUUGCAGAUGUAGAUUUUUCUCACUGGAGGACUUCAAUAGUACAAUUUUGAAGUUUCAUAAUCAAAAGAUCGAUGUACAUUAUAAAUAUGUAAAUAUAUAUGGUAUUCCAACAUAGUAAUUCCUCUUGGAGUAGGAACUAGGAAGGCAUCAACAAGCAUUGUGAAUGCACAAGAAAACUUGAUAUGUGAAGUAAAAGAUAAUUUAUUUAUGAAAAUAUGAGAAA